AUGCUGUUUAUGCACUAUUGUAUCUGGGAAGCAUUAAAAUCAGCCAGAGGUAAAUUUUAAACAUUUUAGUGAAUUUUAAAUUAAGUUAUUAAUUGAAAUUAAAUUUGUCUCAAAUGUUCAUGGGAAACUGUAAUGAUGAGAUGGGUAUCUGGUGAUUUCACCAACGAGUGAUUUCGCCAGUGUCACGUUCGCCAACGUCUUAGGUCGCUUCGCCAAAGCGAAAAGUCGCUUCGCCAACGUCCUACUGGUCACUUCACCAAUGUUUUAGUUUACUCUAAAUAAAAAUUUACCAUUACUUCUUCUUGCUUCUGUGUGUUAUUUACUUGACUGAGCUGACUUGAUUUCCCCGUUCGAACUUAGUUUCCUUCCGUUAUUUUGUUUGGACUGUUUCCUUCUCUUGUACGCGCAACUUAAAACACAUAAAUGCACGGCACGCCACGCGUCACCAGCGCUGUAUGUUGCUGAAUUUAACUUAGAGCAAUAAAGUCGCGUGUGUGCAACCUUUUCCUUAAGUUCUUCUAUAAGGUUUGUCGAUAACAGAGAUUUAUAUAAUUACCUUUGAGACUUCUAGAACAGAGAUUUAUAUAAAUACAUUGUAGACUACUACUACUACUAAUUCUAUAACUCCAGCGCAUAUUAUAACUUCGAUCAAGAGUAUAUAAGUAUUACAAGAAACACAGUCAAGAAACACAAAUACCAGCAAUAAUGUUGUUUAGGUGGGUGAUGCAACUGACCCGUGAGGAAACAGCAUUUUUUCUGACGCUUGUAUAUUACCAAAUGAAUAGACGCGUAAACUCAUUGUGUUAAAACUUGUUAAUUUUACCCUAUUGUUCUAAAUAAACCAAUCCAAUUGCUUGAAACUAACUGAUAUGAUAUUUCGAUCCUUCGAAGUGUAUAAAACACACUGGCAUGCGAAGAAUGUUCAUUUCAAUCAUACGAUUACGACACUCUACGACUCAUAACGAAUUAUCUCGGAAACCUUUAUCUCGGAAUACUAUUAAUAUCAGGAUGGCUACUGCGCAGAUUUUAAACUGUAUUGUUUGUCACGACUUGGUACAGCCUCAACAGCAAGCGGUUCAGUGCGAUGGAUGUUUUCGCUGGAACCAUCUAAUGUGUAACACCGGUAAGUUAUAUUUACUUAUAUAUACUCUGAUACUCUAAAUAGGAGAGACCUGGGCCAGGAUAAUAAGUUGAUGGAGGAUCUAAUUUCUCUUUUAUACAACUAUUGUUGCUUAUCUCACACCUAACAGAAGACAUCUCCUAAAGGUAAAAAAAACUCAAACCAUUACGCUCUCCUUUUUAUAUAAAAAUCUGGACGAGAAACAUUUCUUUUUUUUUUACUUGGCCUAAUUAGACCUACACCUAACAGAAGACAUCUAAAAGUAAAAAAAAACUCAAACCAUUACGCUCUCUCUUUUUUAUAUAAAAAUCUGGACGAGAAAUAUUUCCUUUUUUUUACUUGGCCUAAUUAGACCUACACCUAACAGAAGACAUCUGAGAAGCUGAGAAUCAGAAGGUUUUGUAAAUAGGUUUUGACUAAAGCAUUUUUUUGAAUCAGAAGGUUUUGUAAAUAAGUUUUGCAUUGAAAAUAUUUUGUGAAUCAGAAGAUUUUGUAAAUAGGUUUUGACUAAAACAUUUUUUUGAAUCAGAAGGUUUUGUAAAUAAGUUUUGCAUUGAAAACAUUUUGUGAAUCAGAAGGUUUUGAAAAAAGGUAACUCGUUAAUUCACAUCGUAACGCAUUUUUCAAGUAAAAUUUUGAGUUAUACAUUUUUGGAACACAUUUGGAAGCCAUUAGAGUUUGUUAUUCCACAGUUUUAAAUUACGGCGAUGUUAGUGCUCACACGCCGGCUUUUUCUGUUCUGACCCAAGUAUCAGCAUUACAUCCGAAGCAUCAGUAAGCACCCUUUUUACUAAUUUAUUACUAAGUUAUUACUAGAUAUUUGGCGUUGGCGAAGUGACCAGUAGGAUGUUGGCGAAACGACCAAAGACGUUAGCGAACGUGACGUUGGCGAAAUCACUCAUUGGCGAAAUCACCGCAAUUCAUGAGAUGUGGUGGUUUUGUGAAUUAGCUUGAGUUCAUAAUUUGUACCAAAAGUACUUGUUUCUUUUCUAUUUCCAGGCAAAACCCAUAAGCAUCAGACCCUCUUUCGUUUUUAUUUCCAUGGUUGUGGGUGGAAGGCUAAAGAUGUCUUUUGGGACCGUGGUGAAAUCCUUUGGUUGAAGGUCAUGGAUCAACUUGUGACCAUGAUGUUUGGUACUGAUUUCCUGUCUUAUGAGUAAUGACAAGAAGAGAAACUGCCAUGUACAGGAUGAGGAUUUGCCUCAAUUUGUUUAA